CUCCUGCAAAGUUAAAAACAGACUUUGUUUAUCUUGCAGGUUGUUUGCUGAAAUGCUCUGCGACUAGUUAACCUACUUUCCGCUCCACGUCCAACUGUUCCGUUUCCUCGGCUUCAAGCUGAGGUCGAAACCCCGUUGUAUCACUCCUCGGUUCUGUAGCAGCGACUCGCUUUGUUAUCCUAUUAAAUUAAUUGUGUUUUCUGCCACUGAUACCGCGCUGCACGACAAAAAGCAAAAGGGUUCUGGACUCGCGAUUUCCACCGAACAUCUCGUUGUGGAGACGGUCGUCUGCUGCUUUUGGGGCAGAGGGAGCGAUUUGUUGCAGCUGAACCUCGGCAGGAGAAGCUCCCCGUGAGGAUUUCUUCUUCUUUUUUUAUUUUUUUUUAUUUUAAUCGAGCAUUUGGAGAGCGCCAUGGCGACCGAAGUGGAUACGUGGUCCUCCGCUGCCAAAGUCGACGGGGUGUUCUCCUUCGACGAGAACCUGGCGGAGGCCAACCAGCCGUACAGCGUCGACGACGACUUGCUGAACGAGGCGGAGGUGAACGGUAACUGGACCCCUCAGGAGAAGGCCCUCCACGAGGCCCGACUCAAAGCCAAAGCCAAGCGCCGCCUGCGCAAGUCCUCAUCGCGCAACUCCACCAGCGAGUCCUUCUCCGAGUCGGGAGACGUGCCGGGGGGCGACCCGCACAGUCCCAAGGGGAAAGUCAACACCAGUGACCGCAAAUCCAGGACGGGAAAGGGCAGAGGCCUGCCAAAGAAAGGUGGAGCAGGUGGUAAAGGAGUUUGGGGGGCCGCUGGGAUGGUUUAUGAAGAUGAGGAGCCUGAUAUGCGGGACCCCAACUACGAUGAGUCUGCUCAGGGGGACACAGUUUAUGCAACUGUUGUGCCUGAGGUAGAUGAGAAGGAACUGGAAAAAAUGGUCAAGCCAAUAGUACAGGAGUACUUUGAACAUGGAGACACCAAAGAGGUCCAGAUGUUGCUGAAGGGGCUCAACCUGGGCACGCAUAAGUUUGAGUUCUCCUCCCUGGCCGUGUCACUGUCCCUCGAAGGCAAGGCCAGCCACAGAGAGCUGACCUCCCGCCUGCUGUCCGACCUGUCGGGCAAGAUGCUGUCUCAAAGUGAAAUGGCCCGUGCCUUCGACAAGAUCCUCAAAGAGCUGCCGGACCUGAUACUGGACACACCGGAGGCUCCGCAGAUGUUGGGCCAGUUUGUAGCCCGAGCCAUAGCAGACCACAUCCUCCCCAUGUCUUUCCUGGACUGUUACAAGGGCAAAGUGGACUGUGAGCAUGCCAGAGUGGCUUUAGACCGUGCCGAAGUGCUGCUGACCAUGAAGAGGGAGAUGGUUCGUCUGGAUAAUGUGUGGGGUGUGGGUGGAGGCCUGAGACCUGUGAAACAUCUCGUCAAAGAGAUGAACCUCCUGCUGAAGGAGUACCUGAUAUCAGGAGACGUGGCUGAGGCAGAGCACUGUCUGCGGGACCUGGAAGUCCCACACUUCCACCACGAGCUGGUCUACGAGGUGGUAGUGAUGGUGCUGGAGUCAACAGGAGAAACUGCCAGUCACAUGAUGAUAAAGCUGCUGCAGUCCUUUUGGAAAACGGGCCUCAUCACUGUGGAUCAGAUGAACCGGGGUUUCCAGCGCGUCUAUGAUGAGCUCCCGGAAAUUAACCUUGACGUGCCACAUGCCCACUCCAUCAUGGAGACCUUUGUGGACCUUUGCUAUAAGGAGGCCGUCAUCACCAAACAGCUCAGGGAUGCAUGUCCCGCCAGAGGACGUAAGCGCUUCGUGAGUGAGGGGGAUGGAGGCGCGAUCAAGAACUAAUCCACAAGAGGAGGAGGGGCAGGGGGUUGGUGGUGGUGGUGGUGGUGGUGGGGGUGGUGGUGUCUUCAGGUUGUUGCACCCAGAUUUUGCUCCAGCAUGUUUGCCUUUUGAAACCAGGCAUCCUGGCAGUCUUAAGAUUCCUUGUUCGUCUCCAGAUAAUGUUCUCAUUACACAAACCAGCAUUGACGUUUACUGAAAGUAGACCCAAUAGACUGAAGGUGUUCAGUUCCAGUCAUCUUGUUAAUCAACGUUUUUGUCAACAACAACAAAAAAAUCGAAGAAAUUUCUUUAUUUUGACGAUUUCCUCAUUCGUCGUACCCGUUUAACAAGAGUAGUGUGCGUGAGAGCUGCAGGAAGACGGAGAGAAGAAUGUUGGUGUUCGGGCUUUGCUUCAGCUGUUGCCAUGUUUCUAUGUCUUUCCAUGUCAAGUGUUAGAAAUUAAAAAAGCACUUGAGAGACAACUGCUACUGUACAGUCAGUGAGCACUUGGUAGUUUUCUUUUCUCUUUUUUCAAGGACAUUGAGCUUUGUACCUUCUGGUUCUAUGAAGUCUUCAUGAAACAGUAUAUUUUUCUUUUGCCUUUUCGGUCCUCGAGACCAAAUGUCAAUUUUUAUCAAGCAAGACAUGUUCGGGCGGUUAUUUAAAAAUUGCAUCAGGGCAAAUAUACUUUGAAGGCUCUUUUCUCUUAAAAAUAAAUAUUAAAUUAAUAAUAAUUUGGGGUUAACGUGAGUUUGAACAAAAGCUUGAACAAGCACUAUUUUGAGCAUUCUGACGUUGCUUGCAUUAAAUAGAUCUACAGCUCACUUGGUCAGAAAUGGAUUCCGGAUAGGUGACCUUAUGAUAUAAAGCCAAACCUAGAGAGCAGAACAUCUGGGAAUUGUCUUUAAAUUAUUUGACCUGUCUGAUAUGUCUGUGAAACGGCGAUCUCUGCUUAUCUUGGAAGACUGUAUGUUAACGCAUAUUCAUUUAUGCACAUUAUGUUCUGGCACUGUUUGUAACAGUUUCUCAUGUUGACGAAAGUAAAUGUGGCUAAGAAAUAUAUUUCAUUCAUUAAAAAGCAACAAACUUAA